UGACACCACCUACCCCCUUCUCCCUAUAAAUGGCAACUCAAUGCCCCCCUUAGAACUCGCAGCGCUUGAUUUGAGGCCAGGCAAGCCCCACUCAACCACCACACCUCUCCUCGUUCACGCUACCCCUUUCUGCUCUUCUUCUACCUUUCAAGUUUUAAAAGUAUAAAGAUGGCAGAGACAUUCCUAUUUACCUCAGAGUCGGUGAACGAGGGACACCCUGACAAGCUCUGCGACCAAAUCUCCGAUGCUGUCCUCGACGCUUGCCUCGAGCAGGACCCAGACAGCAAAGUUGCCUGCGAAACAUGCACCAAAACCAACUUGGUCAUGGUCUUCGGAGAAAUCACGACCAAGGCCAACGUUGACUACGAGAAGAUAGUGCGUGACACCUGCAGGAACAUCGGCUUCGUCUCAAAUGAUGUGGGACUGGAUGCCGACAACUGCAAGGUCCUCGUCAACAUUGAGCAGCAGAGCCCUGAUAUUGCUCAGGGUGUACACGGCCACCUUACCAAAAAACCUGAAGAAAUUGGUGCUGGUGACCAGGGUCACAUGUUUGGCUAUGCCACUGAUGAAACCCCUGAAUUGAUGCCAUUGAGCCAUGUUCUUGCAACAAAACUCGGUGCUCGUCUCACCGAGGUUCGCAAGAACGGUACCUGCCCUUGGCUGAGGCCUGAUGGGAAGACCCAAGUGACCGUUGAGUAUUACAAUGACAAUGGUGCCAGGGUUCCUAUUCGUGUACACACCGUGCUAAUCUCCACCCAACACGACGAGACUGUCACCAAUGACGAAAUUGCUGCUGACCUCAAAGAGCAUGUGAUCAAGCCUGUGAUCCCAGAGAAGUACCUUGAUGAGAAGACCAUUUUCCACUUGAACCCUUCAGGCCGUUUUGUCAUUGGUGGCCCUCAUGGCGAUGCUGGUCUCACCGGCCGCAAGAUCAUUAUCGAUACUUAUGGAGGAUGGGGUGCUCAUGGUGGUGGUGCUUUCUCCGGGAAGGACCCUACCAAGGUUGAUAGGAGUGGUGCUUACAUUGUGAGACAGGCUGCUAAGAGCAUUGUGGCAAGUGGACUUGCCAGAAGGUGCAUUGUGCAAGUGUCUUAUGCCAUUGGUGUGCCUGAGCCUUUGUCUGUGUUUGUUGACACCUAUGGCACUGGGAAGAUCCAUGAUAAGGAGAUUCUCAACAUUGUGAAGGAAAACUUUGAUUUCAGGCCUGGUAUGAUCUCCAUCAACCUUGAUCUCAAGAGGGGUGGAAAUAACAGGUUUUUGAAGACUGCUGCCUAUGGACACUUUGGAAGAGAAGACCCUGACUUCACAUGGGAAGUGGUCAAACCCCUCAAGUGGGAGAAGGCCUAAGUAAUUCAUUCCACUGCUCUAUGCUGGAAGUUUUUUGAGCGUUGCCCUUAUAAUAUGUCUAAUAUCCAUAACUUUCCACGUCUCUUACUCUGUGUGUUUCUCUCCUCUUCCUCCUAUUUUGUUAUUUGUAUGUUCUUUUGUAAUUUUUUACGUGAUCAACUAAAAACAUGUACUCUCUGUUUGUAUGUAUGCCCUACCAAUGUGUCUCUUAAUAUCAAUAUCAAAAAGAGAGUGUUCAAGUUAA